AGGCUGGCAGAAUUCCCCCCCACCCCCUUCCCCCGAGCUGGGAUUCGGACAUAGAAGGAAAGGAAGGAGGGAGGGACCUGGAAUAGGGUGGUCCAGAGAGCCACCUCCCCCCACCACCCGUGGCCCUCCCACCCUCGGGACUGGAGAGGGAGGCGGAACAAAGGCGAGGAAGUUCGGCGGCGGCGGCCGGGCUGCAGUGCCGGCAGAGGGAGGCCAGAGGGCGGGCCAGCCGCUGGGACCAGCCUCCCCGCGAAUCCAUUUUGUGACUGAAGCAACCUCGCGCCUAGGAAGCUCUGCUGCGAUAUACUCGGGCAGCUCGCGUCCUGGCUGCUGCUGGCGCUGGCACACGCACUCCAUGAGCAGCUGCAGAGUAUAAUGGAGCUACUUGAAGAAGACCUCACAUGCCCUAUUUGUUGCAGCUUGUUUGAUGAUCCCCGAGUUCUGCCUUGUUCUCACAAUUUCUGCAAAAAAUGCCUGGAAGGUAUCUUGGAGGGCAAUGUCCGGAAUAUGUUGUGGAGACAAUCCCCUUUCAAGUGCCCCACUUGCCGGAAGGAAACGGCAGCUGCCGGAGUCAAUAGCCUACAAGUCAAUUACUCUCUGAAGGGAAUUGUGGAAAAAUACAACAAGAUCAAAGUCUCGCCCAAAAUGCCGGUGUGUAAGGGCCACGUAGGCCAGCCCCUCAACAUCUUCUGCUUGACAGACAUGCAGCUGAUCUGCGGGAUAUGUGCCACACGUGGCAAUCAUACCAAGCAUGUCUUCUGCUCCAUUGAGGAUGCCUAUGCUCAGGAGAAGAGUGCCUUCGAGUCACUGUUCCAAGGCUUCGAGACUUGGCGGAGGGGAGAUGCUCUUUCUCGUCUAGAUGCCUUAGAGACAAGUAAGAGGAAAUCCCUGCAGCUCCUGACUAAGGACUCAGAUAAGGUGAAGGAGUUCUUUGAGAAGCUGCAGCACACUUUGGAGCAGAAGAAGAACGAGAUCCUGUCUGACUUUGAGACCAUGAAGCUAGCAGUCAUGCAGACCUAUGACCCCGAAAUCAAUAAGCUCAAUACAAUCUUGCAGGAGCAGCGCAUGGCUUUUAACAUUGCAGAAGCCUUCAAGGAUGUGUCAGAGCCCAUUGUGUUCCUACAGCAGAUGCAGGAAUUUAGGGAAAAAAUUAAAGUCAUCAAGGAGACCCCUCUGCCUUCCUUUAAUUUGCCUGUGAACCCUGUAUUUAAGAACUUUGAUACCAGUCAGUGGGAGGAAAUAAAACUAGUAGAUGUAGACAAAAUGUCAUUGCCUCAAGAGACUGUCCCAUUCACCAAUAAGAUUCCCUGGAGCUUUUAUCAGAUAUUUGUGGUGCUCUGUCUUGUUGGCCUUCUUGUUUACUUUACUCCUACAGGGUCUCUGGAUGGGUCUUUAUUUGAUGAUUUCUCACUUUGGAAAGCCCAUCUUUCCAGGUUCAGCUCCUGUUAUCUGACUGAAUCAGUAGAAUUUGCAGAUCAAGCAAUUUUAUACUGGGAGCAGGUGGUAGAUGGGUUUUCUGUUUUCAGUGAAAAGUUCAAGAAUUAUACUUUGGUGUUGCUGAAUGGUAUGGCAGAAUUUGUUUGCAAAUAUAAACUGUUAUAAAAAAUCUGUUGCAAGUAUACAAUCCUAUUUCUGUCUUUUGUCUCUGGCAGAACUAACCUACAACCUGUGAAAAACAUUAAAAAAAUACUUAAACACAAGCUUUAAAUUAGUGUUUCAGUUGGAAUAACUUCUGGUAGAGAUAGCUUUAUACAGAAGGAUUCCUAUGGAACAACAUUCUGUGCACAUGAUAGAAUCUUGAAGUAUCACUUCUCUUAAAAACUUUUUUUUAAAGUAGACCUCCCCCCAAGUUGCUUUGUUUGCCUGUGACAAAAACGGAAAACAAAGAAAACUUAAAUGAUCUAUAACAUUUUGUACAAAUUGCACUUCUGCAGUAUAAACUAUUUCACAAUCAUUUAGGAAAGGUUGCUUUUGGAAAGUGGUAUUUUUUUCUAUUGAUGUGAUAUCUCCAAAACAAGACAAUUUCUAAGAGCUGAACUCAUUUGAUUUCCCAUUUUUAAAAAAAUCUAGUGACGGUCCAUUUAUUUUUGAAUCUUUGUGUUAAUUAAAAUAACUAGUUUACAUUUCCUUUUGGGGGGGGGGACAAGACAUUUUCCCCCUUAAUAAUUUAAUUUGUCCAUGACAGACUCUGUCUUAUAUGCUUAGAUGUCUUAAAGUGUCAGAGCCUGUGAGAUUUAGAACUAUCCUUGAAAAUGUUAGGUUUUUGAGAUACCAAUUUUAGAUCAUUUUUUAAAACUCCAGUUUUUUACCUUUGCUAUGUCCCACAGUACUUAAAAAAAAGUUGUAGGUUUCUGAAGUUAAAUUCUGGGAAAUUACUUUUACAUUCUUGUUUCCCUUGGGAUCAGAACUCUGCAGAUAAAGACGAAGGUAAGAAAUAGGCCUGACGUAUGGUUGGAGCAGCAAUCUCUUCUUGAUAUCACUGGCAGGUAAAUGCCUUUAUUUCUGUAUUUCAAGUGGACUAAAAUGUCAAGGCAGCCGAAGUACUCAAGUGAAUCCUCAAACUUAAGGAUAUAGCUUUUUUGGUUUUGUUUUUAAGAGAAGGUAUAAGGCUAGUUAGUCCCUUGCUGUGACAAAUGAAAUAUAACCUGUCAGCAAGUACUGUAAAAAACACUUAGUUAUCAGGCAAACACUGCCCUACUGGCUGGAAUGAAAACACUGUUGUCUGUUCUUCUGCAGAGCACAUCGUUGGCCAGUUACCCAGAAGAAUAAAAAGUGGGCUUUAUCUUGAAACUGCUUUGUUCUACCUGAGCAAUAACGAUGCAGAAUAUACUGCGUUAACUGGAAAUUAAUUUAUUAUUUUUAAAAACUAAAAUUUCAUGCCAAUGAGGAUAACUUUGUCCCUUUUUAUUCAUUAGCGGUAGAGUUGGUACAGAAGAGGUAGAGAAGAAAGAGAAGCCAAAUCAAGAUGGUUAAGAUGCAGAAUUUUCUUUAGGAUGUGGGUGAAAUUUAGGGAAUUAUAAUCAGGAUAAAGUACUGGCUGCUUCUCACCUAAAUAUUGUGGUCUAACACUGAUUUUAAUUAGAAGGUAUCAGUUCAUUUUACACUGGAUUAUAAACAGUUACACAGACAACUUGCACUCUCAUUUCUUCUAUGAUUCCAUUGCAUCUGUGAGAAUAUAUUUAUCUUUUUAUACAAAUGGUUUAGAAUAUUUUUAAAAUUGUUAAUUCUUUUAAACAAAUCUUAUUACUAUUUCAUAUUAUGUUGAAGAUAAUCUUGUAUCCACAUACUUUUUAAUAGAGUGAAGGAGAAAGGGUUAAUGAGUUCAGGUAGAAAUUUUUCUAAAGUAUCUUGACAGCAUUCCAAAAGUACUCAGCCGUUCCACCUUUCAUUUCCUAUACUGGCAGUUACCAAGCAACUUGACCCUGCAAACAAUGCUGCUGGAUAUAGUAUUUACUUUGCUACUGUUACCUGGGAAUCUAAUCUUGUUUGUUGCUUUACAGUUUAGAAAUAGCCAGUUCAGAAAGGCAAACUCCUAGUUUUUAGCCUCUUGUUGGAAGCAUAAAGAGAAUGAGUAGUCAGGAACUGGUCACUUUGAACGUAGGAGGAAAGCCAUUCACAACACGGCUUUCCACCAUACGACAAUUUCCCAGGUCUCGGCUGGCACGCAUGUUGGACGGUCGGGACCAAGAAUUCAAGCCUGUGAAUGGCCAAAUUUUUGUGGACAGAGAUGGGUCCUUGUUCAGUUACAUACUGGAUUUCCUGAGAACUCAACUGCUUUCCUUGCCCACUGACUUUUCAGAUUAUCCAAGGCUACGAAGGGAGGCCAGUUUCUAUGAACUUGAUUACCUGGUUGAGCUUCUUGAUCAAGAAUUGCUAAAACCUAAGCCAGAAAUUUUAGAGGUGCGUUUUAUGUGCCAGGACACUCGAGCCUUUUUCCGGGUCUUUGGCUCCUCUAGCAGCACCAUCGAGACACUAGCUGGGCGGAUUACAGUGUUUCUAGAGCAGUCCUCUACUCAGACCUGGAGCUGUAGCUCUUCUGCUCAGAUGACCUUGCCUCCAUUCCCACCACAAAGACCUUCAUACCAUGACCUGGUUUUCCAGUGUGGCUCUGAUAAUACGACUGGGAACCAGGCCGAGGCUAGGUAUUCUGCUCCAUUUCAGUAUCAGUAUGCCUCCUUAACCUCUACUCUUCUUUUUUUGGCUGAUUCUUUGACACUUUUUUCUUAAUCAAAACAGGAUAAUUAUUUGCCUAGAAAAAUUGUUCUUCAAAAUGGUGUUUUGGGACUACUAACAAGAUGUGAGUGAAAUAGGGUUAUCAAUUAUUCCAUUGCCAAUUGGAAAUUUUAUUUUCUUAACAGAAAUUCCUUUAAUUCAACCCAUUAUUUCCCCCAAGUAUUCAGAUUUUACUGGUUUCUCCUUUUUAGUACUUCUAAGGGCAAAUGUUUCUAUUCCAGUGGCAGUUCCCCCCCCAUAUUUCAUCUUUGGCAUUUGGCUUCUCAAUUAUCUUGGAAUAUGUUAAUGAUGGUAUGUCAACGUAUUAAAGGCAGUUUUGUGACUAUUUUUUAGUGCUUAGUUCUUGACAGGAUCCUAAAGCUGGCUUCCAAUAAAUUGCCACAGAAAGGCUAUUUAAUAGCCAUAAUAAUUAAUAUGGUCAUAAAGCUUGCUUAAAGUUCUUAGUACUUUUCAUAUCCCAGUGUUAAUAAAGAUGUAUAGUGGCAUUUCUUUUUUGGAAAAUAUGAGUAGAUUUGUCCUCUGCUGAUUGUUUAAAAUGUAUAUGUAAAGAUAUAUUAGCAUGUUAUUGAGUAUUGUCCUAAGCUUUGAAGCUUAAUAUCAAGAAGGGUAAUCAUUCUUAGUUUAGAUCUUGGUAUCACUAUCUUAAUCGUGAGUGGGUGGCUAAUGAUUACACUAAGGAAGGGAUAUGUUAAGCUUUUAGAUUUUGGUGAAGAAUUAAUAUUUUGAAAUCUUUUUUAAAAAUUAGAGGAAUAAGAAUAAAAAUUAGGAAUGUUUUAGCAGAAAUAUUCCAGGAGAGCAAAAAAGAAGAGUUUGGACAAAUUAUAGGCUUUGGGUGCACAUUUGCAUAGCACACAGAUUUUUUUUUUUAAUAAAUUGCAAUGAAAAAAGCUGACAGGCAAAAUAAAGAAACUUAAGAUGGGAACCAGAGAUGGUCAGGCAUUGCCAAAUGAAAUACUUCUGUUUCUUAGUUGGGUUUUUUUAGCGUCCAGGCUAGUUUUUAAGUCUGAGGGUGAGAAUAGCAUUAAAAUCUUUAUAAGUCUUGUUAUUUUUAGAUAGUUACAUCACUAGAGUCUAUUGAACAAAAGUAUUGAUUAGCUGAUCUUAUAAAUUUCUUCUUAGCCAAGUGAUAUUAGAUCUUCUUUAAAAUGGUAUUUGUGAUCCUGUUUCUAGCAACAAGCAGGAGAGAGGCUGGUACAGGGAAAAGACUGCUAGGUUGGCAGUGAGGGGACCAGACCUCAUCUGCAAAAUGAAAGUAUUGGACUAGAUAACCUCAAAGGUCCCUUCUGGUUCUAAAUCUAUGAGCCUGUCAUUACCAUAUAAAUGCUUUUGAUCUAUGUAUGAAUGCUAACUUCAGAGAAGGUAUAUAACCUGAAUAAGUGAACAUAUUGGGAUCUUUGAUGCUAGGAUGAAAAACCUGAACUUAGAACGUUAUCGUGCUAGUUUGUGCUAGGCUUUCCACCGUCCAUACUUAAGAAUCUAUUCUUAAUCUCUGUGCACUUCUUGCAGCUUAGAGUGGGAAUGCUGGGAGAGCCUAGAUCUUUCUUCUAUCACCUCUAAUCAAAAUGCCUGGUGAGGGACAGAGAGGAAAAGGGCCAGUUUUGGUCUGACUUUUUGACUGAAAAAGAACCACUGAAAGCCCAUUGGAUUUGGUAGCCAUCAGCCUAGGUAGGGUAUAAUCUAGAGAUACAAAACUUCUGUUACUCUAAUGAUCAAUAAUCCUAUUCAAAUCAUGUGUUAGGUCAGUUUCUUGAAAGCAUUAAUAUUCUAUUUGAAUUUGCUACUUCCUAGUAGCUGCAACUCAUGUGGCUUAAGUCCAACCUAAUUUCAUAGGAUCUUAGGUAUUCUCAUCUGUAGCUUUUAUCCUGUGUCACCUGGUUUCAUAAAAAUUAUGGCUCAAUGAGAAAUGUGUAAACCUUAAGAAUUUUUAUUUUAAGAAAUAGCAAAUUGUUUUUAUUUUACAGAAUAUACCUCUUUAUUUUUCUUAUGGUGCCUUGGAAUCUUUUUACCUCUGGCUUUUGGGGGUGGGGGAAGGGGGAGGGAAGAUGCUUCACAUGGAAUCAUGUUCUUUGAUUCAGCUUUUCUUGGUAAGUUAUACUACUUUGUAAUUGUUUACCUUGUAUUGUAUAUAUGACAUAGAACAUAGUUCUUUGAGAUGUUCUAAUGAGUUGUUUUGUUUCUGAAUGUGUUUUUUAUAUUUUAAAUGUACACUAGGUUAUGUUUUGGACUUUGGGAAUAGAGGGAAAUACUUUUACUAACAUUGAGGGAAGUUGUAAGUCAUUUUUUCAAUAAACAGCUUGCUUUUGGUAGAGAAA